ACUUUAACGCAGCAUUGUCUGCUGCAUCGAGCAUGCUGCAAAUAUUUCUGAAUGCCAUUCGCCGGCGCGAUAUGAAGUGAAAUUUUCAUCGCAAGCAUGGCAACACUCAGGCUAUUUAAACAAAAUCGACUACUUUUUCCUGCCAGUGGGCGAAGGAUCAAUAAUAAAUGUGCAAGUGCACAAUUUAACACAGAUGCAACACCCAUGUCGGAGGCUGUUGUUCCAUUUUCAAAUGGCAAAAAUAUGUUACUGUCGACGGGCAAAUUUGCUCGAAUGGCUGAUGGCUGUGCAGUAGCAACUUUGGGAGACACAUCUGUAAUGGUUACAACUGUUAGCAAAUCACAUUCUUCAAACAAUACAUCAUUUGUACCAUUAAUCGUGGACUAUAAACAAAAAGCUGCUGCAGCUGGAAGAAUUCCUACUAAUUUUUUCAGAAGAGAACUAGGUCAAACUGAGCAUGAAAUAUUAACUAGUAGAUUAAUAGAUAGAUCAUUACGGCCUUUAUUCCCUAAAAAGUAUAAUUAUGAGACACAAAUUAUGUGUAAUAUGUUGGCAAUAGAUGGAAUUAAUGAUCCUGAUGUGUUAUCAAUAAAUGGAGCUGCGACUGCUUUAGCUUUAUCUGACAUUCCAUGGAAUGGGCCAGUUGGUGCUGUAAGAGUUGGUCUUAUUGAUAAAGAAAUUGUUAUUAAUCCAACUCGUCAAGAAAUGUCUCAGAGUUCAUUGAAUUUGAUUAUUACUGCUACAAAAGAAAAUCUAGUAGUCAUGUUAGAAGGAUCAGCUGAUAAUAUAAGUGAAGAAGAUUUGAAAAGAGCUAUUGAGUCUGGAGUUAAAGAAUGUCAAUCAAUAGUCCAAACUAUUCAAAAACUUCAAAAUAGCCACGGUAAAAAAAAAAGAGUAUUGGAUCCUCCAAGUGAACUCUCAGAUGAGGUAAAAGAGGCAGUAAAAAUGUUGUCUGAAAUGAAGUUAAGAGAAGUUUUCACAGAUUAUAAGCAUGAUAAAUUAUCACGUGAUAAUGCUAUAGCUAACAUUAGAAAUGAAUUAAUGACAGCAAUGAAAUCAAGUUUUCCUGAUUUAGAUUUGAGUGCAGUUGUUGAAUAUUUCUCUGAAGUCAGUAAAACAGUCUUCAGAUCAUUAAUAUUUGAAAAUAAUCUGAGAUGUGAUGGACGUAAGCUUAAUGAGUUACGAAAUAUUUCCUGUGCAGCUGAUUUAUUCAAACCUCUUCAUGGUUCAGCUCUAUUUCAAAGAGGUCAAACCCAAGUUCUUUGCACAGUUACGUUAGAUUCACCAGAUAGUGCACUUAAAAUUGACACUGUAUCAAUGUUAGCUAGUGGUAUCAAAGAGAAGAAUUUCUUUUUACACUAUGAGUUUCCUCCAUAUGCCACAAAUGAAACAGGAAAGUCAGGCAUUGGUAGAAGAGAAACAGGACAUGGUGCCUUAGCAGAAAGAGGCUUACGUUCUGUUGUACCAAAAGAUUAUCCAUUUACAAUCAGAUUAACAAGUGAAGUUCUUGAGUCAAAUGGUUCAUCAUCAAUGGCUUCUGUGUGCGGAGGUAGUUUGGCUUUAAUGGAUGCUGGCAUUCCAAUAACAUCUGCAGCUGCUGGUGUAGCUAUAGGCUUAAUGACCAAUUACAAUGAAAAUACAAAUAGUAUUGAAGACUAUAAAAUACUGACAGAUAUUUUGGGAAUUGAGGAUUAUUUGGGAGACAUGGAUUUUAAGGUAGCAGGAACAAAAACUGGUUUUACAGCUGUGCAGGCUGAUAUAAAAAUCCCAGGACUUCCAUUAGACAUUGUAUUCAAAAGUCUUGAGCAAGCACAUUCUGGAAAAUCGCAAAUUUUGGAUAUAAUGAAUAAAGUUAUAUCUAGGCCAAGAACCAAUAAAAAAGAUAAUAUGCCAGUCACUGAAAGUAUUGAUAUUCCUAUGCAUCUCAGAGGAAGACUUUUAGGUUUUGGUGGAAGCAAUAUAAAAAAAAUAUUUCUCCAAACAGGAGUCCAUAUAAAUCAAGAUGAAGAUUUUAAAUUUACUUUGUUUGCACCCAAUAAGUCAGCAAUGAACGAAGCAAAAGAAAUGAUUGAAUCUUCAAUUAAAGAAGUAAAACAACCUACAUUAGAAUUUGGAGGAAUUUACACUGCAAAAAUAGUAGAGCUAAAAGAUUCAGGUGUGCUGGUCACUCUAUAUCCUACUAUGCAACCGGCUCUACUUCCUAAUUCCCAGUUAGAUCAACGGAAAAUAAAUCAUCCUAGUGCACUUAAUCUAAAAGUAGGAGAUGAACUUCAAGUCAAGUACUUCGGUCGUGAUCCAGCAUCUGGACAAAUAAGAAUGUCACGUAAGGUUCUGCAGACGACGAAUUUCGUAGCUAAAAAUUUUACGUAGCUACGUAUUUUAAACAAUUUUUUAUGUUUUGUUACUCAAUCUGUGAAAAUGAUUAUUUUUACACCAUUACAUUUAUAAAAUUUAUAAUUGUAGACGACUAAGUUGAAACAAUUAUUGUUAAUGUGUAAAUAUAUUUUGUAAAUACAUACAGUAUAAGUAGAAAUGUUAUGUCAAUGAAAUAAUUUAACUUUAUUUGUUUCAAUUGUAUAAAAUGUGCAAGAUUGUUCAUUUUAUUGU